CUUAUAUAGACCCUGGCCGGCGGUGCACAAGAGGCCUCCUGCCAGCUGCUCGCUCAGUCACACGGCGCAAACGGCAUGGCUUCUUCCUCCAUGAAGCUCUCGCUCGCCUUCAUCCUCCUCCUCUCCGGGCUCGUCGUGUUCGGAGAGGUUGGAGGAGCCAGGGCGGCGGACUGCUCGACGGUCCGGUGCAUCCAGGGCGGGUACAUCACCUGCAGGAACCACCCCUAUCGCUACCGGAAGCUCGACGGGUGCGCCUGCGACUGCGCCCCCAAGGACGGCAGGCACUGCGUGCUCCACCUGCAGUCCGGCGCCACCUACAAGUGCGGCAAGACGGGGUAGCCCAUCGACCGAGCUUGACGUUCGUUCGCCACGCGUGUCCUCUUGCAACUUUCAGGCUUUGAGUCCAGUCCAAUGAUGCUGCUAGUUGUUGUCGAAUAAUGUUACUGAAAACAAGGCCGCCGGACAGCGGCUCCCCUGUUGUACGUGCCCUGCAGAGUGCAGUGUGUUUUGUGAUCUGCCCCUGAGUUGUUCUGGGGAAGAUGAAUAAGAAUAGAUGCGUCAAUGUUAGACCAUCUAAAGCAUAUUUCUUUCAU